CAGGCUAGAUGUCGCAGGAACUACGACAAGACGUUUUUCGCUUUCAUUCACGUCAGAUUGAUACUCUCACACCCGGACGUAACCAACGCCUAGUCGCCGGAGAGGAACGAUGCAAACCAUAAAGUGUGUGGUGGUUGGAGAUGGAGCUGUCGGAAAGACCUGCCUCCUCAUCUCAUACACAACCAACAAAUUCCCUUCUGAAUAUGUUCCCACGGUUUUUGAUAACUAUGCUGUCACAGUGAUGAUUGGAGGCGAACCGUAUACACUGGGGCUUUUUGACACAGCAGGUCAGGAAGACUACGACAGACUUCGGCCUCUCAGCUAUCCGCAGACAGACGUCUUCCUUGUUUGCUUCUCUGUUGUUUCUCCUUCCUCCUUUGAGAAUGUGAAAGAGAAGUGGGUACCAGAGAUCUCUCACCACUGUCCACGCACUCCGUUCCUUCUGGUGGGUACUCAGGUUGACCUGAGGGAUGACAGUAACACUGUGGAAAAACUUGCCAAAAACAAGCAGCGCCCCAUAUCGCCUGAGAGUGGGGAGAAGCUGGCCAGAGACCUCAGAGCUGUCAAAUACGUGGAGUGCUCCGCCCUCACACAGAGAGGCCUGAAGAAUGUAUUCGACGAGGCGAUACUCGCUGCCCUUGAACCUCCAGAGACCAAACCCAAGAAGCGCUGCGUCCUUUUGUAGGAACACAAGCAGUGGUGUGAUGCACUCACUCCAACAAGAGAGGCAGAGAAAAAGAAACAUUCUGGUGGGGUUUGGAGUGGAGAGAGUUAUAAUUGGGAAAAAUUAUAGGAACAAAACAGCAAAAAAAAAAACCUAUCUGCCUUUCUAAAUGUUUCUAGAACAACAGAAGAAAUUAGAGAACCCUGGAACCAGUAACACCCCCUACAAACAAAGAGUAUAAUGACAAAAAAAAAGAGAGAAAAGAUAUAGGCGCACUUUACGCAUGUGAUGUCUUACAGAGCAACAUAUAGAUCCAAUUUAAUGCUUUAAGUGUCAGUUACAUGUAAUCGAUCCCAAAAAAGUGUGACAGUGGCACAAAUACAUGAGAUUAAAUGCUUCAGGUUUCUGAUCGGCAUCCAAAAUGAUUUUUUGAAAUGCUUUAGCUGGACAAACGCCGGGUUUUUCUCUGACAUGCUUUGCUGUAAGCUGCACAAGAAUGGUUAGCACACAAUGUCUAUAAACAGCAAAUUUCAUAAAGUGUAAAGCCGAACAUGCUGACUGCUCUGAUGAGCACUUCUGCAGGGCUCAGCUGUUUGCUCUGUAACCUGUGGAUAGUGUGUGCAGAAGCUGAUUUCUGCUUUCUUAAAUCUCCUCAGUUGAGCAUUUUCACAGCGUCACAAAAUUGCAAUGGGCACAAAAGCGAUUCUUGAAAUUCUUGCGUUUUUGCCAGUUAUAGACGCUGGAUUCGCAUGACAACUGUAGGCAGGUUCAGUGCUAUAUGUGGUUCAUAUACUGUUAUUAAUAUGUACUGGACUGGAUCUGGCACAAAAGCAAGCUAACGUGAUUGGUUUGGGCAUAUAAUUAGCUCUAAUCACUGACAAUGGCAUUGAAACAGAACAUAUAUAAAAUAAUAACAGUUUUAGAUAUUUUUACAAUUUUAAUGUUGGAUCAGAGUGUUAUGGCCAUAAAAAUCACUCUAUGGCCACAUCCCUUCCUGAGUGACCGGUGUUAUAUGGUUAUAUAAGAGAGUUUGGGACUUGCGUGGGAGCCAAUGGUUUUUAGUUCACAAGCAUUUGUUUCUUCCUGUAUGAGCCAGACUGUUCUCUUCUGUGCUUCAUGCUCCUAGAAUCUCUCUUAAGUGCAUUUACUCUCAAGCCAUGCAGUGCCUUCUGCUGGCCAUUUAGAAAACUGAAUUUUUUUUUUGUUUUUUUUGUUUUGACUGAGUAUGAUGUAUUAAAUGUAUUACUGUUAUCUCAUGGGUGAAUGAAUUUAGUGGUGACUUUUUGAAACUUAAGCUUUUUUUUUUUAAAUGACUUUUUAUUUUAUUGUUUUUUUUUUUUGCUACAGUACCAUUUGAUUGUGAUUUAAUAAUAAAAUAACAAUUUGAAAUGUAAUAUUUUGAAUAACCGAUCUUAAUAGUCAUGUGAGUAAAAAGGAUGAGGAUAACUGAUGAUGAUGGUUUGAAAUGUGGCCUUUUCUUAGUAAAGUUCUGCGGUGUUUGGAAUCUCACUAUAUUUGUAAUAAAAGUGGUGCGACUGACA